AUGGCCGCCACGGGCUCCGACAACGUCCUCUACGUGGUGUUGCUGAUUCACCUGAUCUUGUGUAUUGUGUUGCUGAGCAACCUGACGCCCAGCGGCGGGUCCAACAUCUCUCCCUUGGUGGUCGCCGGCAUCACUGUGCCCAGCACAGUGCAGUGGGCCUUCGCCACGUUCAACGCCUUGUCCAUCGUCAGCAUUAUCAUGGCGGGCGUCGGCAAUCUGUACUUGAUUCAAAGCCAUCUGGAAGUAUACCUGUGGCUCCUGGUCUUGUCGCUGGCCACCGACAUCUCCGCCAUAGUGGUGUUCCUGUUCUGGGGCAGCUCCUGCUCCACGAACCACGCGAGCUCGUCGCACAUCGCGGACACUGUGUCGUGCAGCUUCACCACAGGAGGAGCUAUCCUUGGACUUGCUGUGCUAUUUGUGUUCAAGGUGGUAGCCCUCUUCAUGACGAGCAGGGCGAGGAAAACAGUCCGCACCAAGUACAGCGAGGAGUUGCUGCCGUACCUGAAGAUGAGUUUCAGGAGCUCAUUUUCAGAAGCGUCAGCCUUCGGCCCUGAAGCGUGCGCCAUUGCUGGGGGGCCGCUCCCGCGGAGGCGAGCUCGAGAUCGCUCUCCUUCCGCGGGACGGCGGUGCCGCCGGCGGGCGGCUACGGGACGACGAUGGUCAGCUAGUUCGGCAACCUCAUGCUGGCGUCCUUCGCUGGGAUGGACCACAGCUUGCUUCGUCUCGCUAGUGAGCGUUUGGCGAGCUGCGCAUGUAGAUCUGAGCCGAGCCUGCUUCCCAGCCACGACGCAUGCAAAUGCGUCGGGCAUCGCGUGCGAGGUGCUCUAUACAGUGCCUCCCGUGCAGUAG